AUGACGUCACAAGCCGAUCAAUCCGACCAAAAAACAGUCGUACCAGAGAAGUCAGAAAAGCCAGCGCCAGCGACGUUCGCGGACAAGCUAGAGGCGUUCAGCCAGGAGAAGUUCGCGUCGUUCCGAGCCGCCGUGAGCAGCCCGAACCUGCUUACGCCGGAAAAGCCGGUCGACACUCCCGAGGAGCAGGAAGCAAAGGUGAAGGCGUUGCGGGAAGCCAUCGGUCCGCUGGCGGGGCGCGCGAAGCUGUUCUGCACGGACGCGUGCCUGCGGCGCUACCUGCGCGCGCGCGGCUGGAAUGUGCCCAAGGCGGAGAAGAUGCUCCGCGACACGCUUCGCUGGCGACACGUGUACCGACCAGAAGAGAUCACGUGGGAGGACGUGGCGGAAGAGGCGGCGACAGGCAAGGUGUAUCGCACGGAAUUCCUGGACAAGCAGGGCCGCGCCGUCAUUGUCAUGUCCGCCGGCCGCCAGAACACGGUGGGGCAUGCGGGGCAGGUGCGGCACCUGGUGUACGCGUUGGAGAACGCCAUCAACCACCUGCCGUUGGGCACGGCGCACAGCCGCAUGGUGUGGUUCAUCGACUUCCGCGGCUGGACGCUGCGCAAGGCGCCGCCCCUCAAGACGUCACGGGAGGUGCUCUCCAUCCUGCAGAACCACUACCCCGAACGGCUGGGGCAGGCUGUGGUCUAUGACCCCCCGCCCGUCUUUGAAACCUUCUGGAAGAUGGUGCGGCCCUUUGUGGAUCCCAACACGUUCAGGAAGAUCCUAUUUGUGUACCCCAGCAAGCCCGACACCAUCGCCAAGCUGGAAGAGAUCUUUGACUUGGAGCAGCUAGACCAGGGCUUUGGAGGCCGCUCCACGUGGGCGUUUGAGCUGGAGGCGUACAGCCAGGCCAUGCGCGCCGAUGACGCCCGCGCGCAGGCCUUCUGGGGCAUCCCUGCGUCUGUCAUUGCUAGCCCCAGACGAAGGGAUCCUGUGAUUCCGGCAGCAGAUGAUGAUGAUGAUGCUGAUGUGCCGGCAGAUGCAGAAGCUGGAGCAGGAGAAGGAGAAGCAGGGGACAGUGAGGGUGGUGUGCGUGCAGCAGCAGAGGGACAGGCAGAGAACGGGGAGGUGGGAGCAGAGGCAGGGUUGUCAUCACGUGGUGCUGGGGCUGAGAGCCUGGGGGGACAGGAGGCCGGGGCGCUUCUGUCUGAUGCUGAGAGCGGCGGCAGGGCUGAUGAGGGCUACAGUGUGACUGUAGGGGGUGCGGCUCCAGGUAAUUCAGACGCCGUAGCAGGGACUGUACCAGCAGGAGAGUUGCGAGAGCAAGAGAGGGAGGAGCGGAAUGGCAGUGGGGGUAGUGCGGAGGAGCGGGAGCAGGACGGGAGCUUCUGGCUGCCUCUGAACGAACCGGCAGUGAAGGAGAGUGUGCAUGCACAGAACAUAGCACAUGCACACCACGUGCUCAAGAGCACGUUCAGCAAGAUGAGCAUUGAGUUCAAGAAGCCCGCGUGGAUGCAGAGAUGA